AUGGCAUGGAAAAGAUCAAAAGUAACAGGUAAACCUAAUGACAAAGCAGCUUAUAAAUCAAUUGCCGCACAAUGUUCUGAUUCCAUUAGAAAGUAUCAUGGAGCAAAAGAACUUAAGAUGAUACGCAAAGACAACCUUGGCAGUUUCUUUAAUUUUGUCAAUGGAAAACUCAAAACCUGUAGUAAACUCAAUGACAUUUGUCGAUCCGAUAAUACCCUUUGUCAUGAUAAAGAAGAAAUAUCCUGUAUUUUUAAUAACUUUUUUGCAAGUGUUUUUACAGUCGAUAAUGGUUUAUCACCAAAAUUUACGGAUCGUGUUAACGUACAUUCAACUUGUCUGUCAUCUAUUAACUUUUCUCCUUCUAGAGUCAAAAAAGCACUUAGAGCACUUAAACCCACUACAUCUACUGGUCUAGAUGGCAUUCCCAAUGUUUUCCUAAAGAAUUGUGCCAAUAGUUUAUCGAUUCCUUUAAGCCAUAUAUUUGAUACCUCAUUUAAAGAUGGUGCUAUACCGCUAGACUGGAAAGUAGCAAGCGUUAUUCCAAUUCACAAAAAAGGACUAACAGUUGACCCAGGUAAUUAUAGACCUAUCUCCUUGACAUCUACUUGUUGUCGUUUAAUGGGAAGAAUCAUUAAUAACAAACUGAUUAAUUAUCUCUUACUCAAUAACCUAAUCAGAAAAGAGCAGCAUGGUUUUAUUCGUAAACGUAGUACCUGUACUAAUAUUCUAGAAAGUCUUCAUGACUGGACUUUAAAUCUUCAGCGCUGUAUUCCAACAGAUAUUAUUUAUUUUGAUUUUAAGAAAGCUUUCCAUUCAGUUUCACAUCCUAAGUUACUAAUGAAAUUACUUGCUUACGGCAAAUAG